AUGACCGGUACCAGCAUUCGUUGUUGUCGUGUCAACAACAAACCGACGUACGUCCGACUCCCACACUGAGCAAUCGACCGUAGUACUACUACUAGUAGUAGGGAAUUUCGAAAGUAAUUGUUGUAAUUGAAUUGGUUCAACUUUGGAUAAUGGCAGAUCCAUUAGGAGGGGAGGAAGAUCUUCUUCCGAGCAUUCGUCAACUCAUUAGUAGCAUCAAAUCAACAUUAAGAGCUGCAAGUAACAUGGCAGCUGCUGAGGAAAUGGUCUUACACUUGGAAGAGACAGAUGAAAAUUUUCACAGAUAUGAGCUUGUGAAAUACAUACGUGGUCGAAUAGAAGAGGUGUUAGGACCUUUGAUUGAAGAGGAAAUUGAGCGUCGAUCUGUUGGUGUUCAGAGCAAGGGAAGAGAAGAAGUUAUAGUACAAACAAUUACUGAUCAUGUCAUCAAUGACCAGGCGUGUUUGGACCUGCUGCAAUCUCUGAAGCAUGGCACCAAGGAUGCUGUAGAGAGACUUGUUAAGAUGUUUGAUGAAGAACAUCGUCCAGUUCAAAGUAGUAUGUUUGGUAAUAUGGCAGGGAUGUAUGGUCAAGCAUCAAGCCAAAAGAGAAGCAGCUUCUGCCUGAGUGAUGACAGCUCAUCAUUAGACUCCUCAUUUAAUCAGGAUUCGUUUACCUUCAUGAAUCAAGAACAUUUUGCCUCUAUAGCUGAACAGUUGGCGCCUGACAAGCCUCUUGAGAUGAGACGUGAGACUCUGACUGGUUUAUGUAAGCUACCACCAUCUGACAUUUUAGCCUGUGAGCAUUGGGAUAGUCUCCGUUCUGGUCUACUCUUAGCUUUAUCUGAUUCUGAUGAUGUCUUAUCUGAAACAAGUUUACAUUUUCAUGCCAAGAUGUUCUCCUCUAAUUCCCAUCAUGUGAUGAGGGAAGUAUACACAAGCUUAGUUGAGCAUCUUACUUCAGAGUUUACUUCUCAUAAAGCCAGGAGCAUCUUCAUACGAGAUGGUAUUGACACAGUACAUCAUGCACUUUGUAACCUUCUAAGAAAGUUCCGCUUGAUGAAUGAAUUUAACCUGGAGAUUCCAACUUACUGGGUGCGAUUUCCUGACAGAUUCCUGGAUGAAGUGACAGAGUCUACCCUUAAUCUAUUAAUGACUGAACCACAUGAGUCUAUGACAUCCUCAUGCCAGCUUCUUACUCCUCUGUACUGUAUCUCUAUCAUUGAUCCCAGGGCAAGCUGGUUUGGGAAAUGGAUGCAUGGAAAUUAUGGCCGUACUGCUGUCAUAAGAUAUCUAGAAAACAACCACAGCCUAGUACAGACCUGCGUUCAACAGUGCAUGGAUUUCCUGGUGUCAGGGGAUAGGUCACAUGACCUUGUCAGUCGAGUUACAAAUAAACUGGAAAAACAGACCUUGGGCUCUGCUCAGCGCACUCGUUUUACAGAAAAAGAAGCAAGUUAUUUGUAUUUCCAUCAUUGUGCCAGCCUGCUUGGUCGCCUGCUUAUGUACAUUGAUGGAUACAACUUGUUUCCUGUGGCUACUAAGGAUGGAGAUGUGAGUGUUACUGAUCUCUUGGUCUCCCUUGUCCAUAUAAUCACUGAACAAGAGGCACCAGUACUGAAUAGACCAGAACAAAGUGCUUUUGAUCCAGUUUCUUUGGUGACAGAGAUCUUAAAAGUUCUAUGUUUUAGUAAAGCUAGUUGCUGUCGCUGUUUGUGCAAAGAUGCCAUAAUAACAGAGCUUCUACGGCCAGUGCACAUGUGGCUAAGGCGUAAUAAGGCUUGCAAUGAUUCCAGAAUGCUACACAUUGCAGAUAUCCUUUCUACAAUAGCUUCUUGGGAAGUUGGACGCAAGCUCCUCCUGUAUGGAGAAUCUGGCGAGUGGUUCAAGUACAACAGUUCAGCACCCAUUCAUACCAUCGCGGAGUUUACGAAGCAAGCAUUGGAUGGUGAAUUUUCGUCUAGUUUGUGUACACAGCCAUCCCACAAUGUGACUGGUGCAUACCUGUAUGUGUGUAGACAGCUGUAUAGUACAUGUGAGGGCUUGCUGAUUCUUAAUCGCUAUGCUUUACAUCAUCACAUAGCACAAUCAUGGAGACAGGUUUGUAGAGACCUUGAGCUUGCAGGAACACCCACCCCUAGUGAUCCUGGAAUGGGAUAUGAUGACAGUAAAGAUACGGGUCAAGCUAACAGUCAACCACACCAUGUAGAUACACUACACAACAAAGAGACUACUGAUUCCAGUAAGCUACAUGUAGGUAACAGUCCUACACAACGAGUUGAUGCACUGCAGUCAUGGGAACGUACACUCAUUGACAAUUUGCUCAACUUUGCCGGUACACCCAAGGGCCUUCUCUUACUACAACAGACAGGAGCUAUCAAUGAAUGCAUAGCAUACAUGUACAACAGAUCAGCUAAGAAACUCCAGGUGAGUAAAACAGAGAAGUUCGGAUAUGGAAGUAUGGUGACUCAAGUUGCUGCUACAUCACCUGGUAUUGUAGCAAUACAGGGCACAGGAUUCAUUGAAGCUGUUGUACAGGGUUUAUGGUCUGUGUUGGAGUGUGGUAGCGAUGGCCAACCUAUGAUUAGACCAAGUCCAAUACCAGUAGAAACCAUUGAUCGUACUGCUCAUAAGUAUUUUGUGCGGCUGAUUAACAUGUUAUCAGCAUAUCCCGCUGUAUAUGAGAUCUUAGCUGAUCAACCACUACCAUAUAAAGAUUACUACUCACUCAGAGAAGCUCCUCAUCAUAUACUGGGGGUGAUUGAGCGACUGAUAAUAGUAGACAGUGAUGCUAAGAUACACUCUUUAUUCAACUAUGAACAGUCACAUAUCUUUGGACUGAGGCUUCUGACUGUUAUGACAUCAUGCUUAGAUUCAUUGUUGUUAUUGGAGACUCAGUACCACAUCUGGGAUGUGCUUUUACAUGCUCAGGAGGCAAACCGUAAUGGUGAUUCAGCCAUUGUGAUUGACUUACUGUCCAUCGAGCGUAACCAUUUACUAGUGAGAACCAAUGUCAUUGGUGGACCAACAGAAAGACUUCUUCCACCGCACACCUUGCUAAAGGAUGCUAGUGACCCAUAUCCCUGGCCUCUGUUCUAUACUCUACCAGUACCCAAGGAGUAUACUUCUAGUGUUACAAGAUCCCCUAGUAGUAAGCAAGAAAGUGAACUGAGCCAGUUUCUAAGCCGUAAGACUCCAUUGAAAUCUUUUUCUGAUGCUGAGACUUGGCUGGACGAAUGUCAACAGCACUUCUUGACCUGCCUGACAAGAAAACCCCACUCUUUGUCUAAUAAAGUAUUAGCUGAGUUAUUGGAUGAUGCUAUAACUGCACAACUUCUGAUUCCUCACAAUGAGAUGUUUCCGAGCAAGUCUUGUAAGAUAUCAGACAGCACCCUCAAGGCACAGAAGCUAUCUUCAUUACAUAUCAUUGGCAUCAAAAUGGUUAUCAGAUACGGACAACACUUGAAGGUACUCAACAACAGUAAUGAGUCUACUGAAAGCCUAAACCUACUGCUAAAAACAAGUCAAUAUUAUCUCAGCAGACACCAAAGGAGCAUCACUUCUGACAUGCGCUUUCUGAAAGGUGAUUACAUGGGUUUUGAUUGGUUUGUUGCUACCAUCUUUUUGCUACACUCUGGUAACCGUGACAAAGCGUGGAAUCUUCUUCAGAAGUGUUUUUGUAUUUUGUCAUCUGGCUACUUGAGCAUGGCUCGCCUUCAUGCUUCGGAACAUGUUCAGUUGGAUAUUGCAUCCAGUGGUAUUCAUCCAGUGUUUUCAAGGACAGGGCAUAAUGUGGAGCUUAUCUUGCAGACUGAAGUACCACAUGUCUACACAGCCUUCAGGAUGUCUGGUUAUACUCCUUCACAGAUUUGCCAGCAAUGGCUACGUCAAUGUUUCUGGAACUACUUGGACUGGACAGAUAUUAGCCAGUACAUAGCACUCUGCAUUGUGAUGGGUGUCGAUUACCAAGUUUAUAUGUGUGUUGCUGUACUACAUUUUCUUCAGCAAAGACUUUUGUUGCAUACACAGACACAACAACUGCAGGUAUUCUUGAAGGAAAACAGUAUUGAAGGCUUUCAUGUCAGGCUGCAUGUUGACUAUAUGACCAAGCUUGAGAAGAAGUACCGAAGUACAGUACUGCCAGACAUGAAGAACCUUCAUCAAGCAUGAUGCAGUCAAGUUUUAUUUCAAGCUCAAACGGCAACUAAAAUUAACAGGAUAAAAGACUCAAGUUAUUUAUCAUACAUGUAGCUAUUCUUGGCAUGCAAUCACACUGAUCAAGAUGUUUAAUGCACUUUAUGCAGAAAGUAGCCACACUGGUCGGUUAUUAAAUUGGCCACUGGUAGAGUAACUAUAAAUAUAAAUAUGAAUAGUAAGUUUGUCAGUACAUGAGUUGGUCAAAGUUAGCCACACUGGUUAAUAAAAGAGUUGGCAACACUGGUCAAUAAAAGAGUUGGUAUUCACUGGUCAAUAAAGGAGUAAGACCGCGUUUACACUAGAUCCAGAAAGGUGGAUUGACAUUCUGCAUCUUUUUACGACCGCAGAUCACGAUCAAGUGUCGAGUUUACACCAGUGCUUAAUCCGGCUCCGAUUACACUUUUGAACAGAAUGAUUAUUGGCACUGACGUCACCGCUCCUCGGAAAGAGCUCAAUGGUCACGAUUUUAGCACACCAUAUUUUCUUCAAGGUACAAGUACAUCAACAAAGAUAAAUGACGGAGCGAUCUGUAAUUAUUGGCGAAAACGAAAAGUAUUAUGUGAAGAUUCUUGUACUCGGCCGGAGCGUCGAGUAAAUCAGUCUGGCACCAAUUAAGUUUUAGCAAUUGAUCAGACAUGUUAUUAUAAUGUCGUUCAGGGAACCUGACAAAACCUAGUUUUCGUACCCAAACAUUUGUACAUGUGCUCGAUCUCGUUAUAUGGUAACGUUGCAAAUUAUUUGUUCGAACGCAAUAAUGAGAACGUGUGUACAACUUCUCAAACGAGAUAAAGUUGUCAAGAUUGUUGGGAUAUUUCAAAAAGUUCACUCUCGAAAAUCAUUUGAUUUACUCCUCUAAAACGUGUAAAUGUUUCAGACAACAAUGACAAUGGAGGUAGAAUAGAUAGCAACUUAAACCAAAUACAGCAACAAAGCAAGCUCAGAAGGUAGCAAUGUAUGUAUUUAGGGACGCUGAAAACAACAAAACGUUUCACACACGCACAGUAGAGAAAAGCGCGCCACUCCCAACGAAACCGGAAAUGGCCACCUCGAAUUGCCGUGUCUAAUCCACCUUUGCGUUUACACCUGUAUUUGAAUCCACAUUGCCGGACCUUAAUCCACCAAUUGCCGGAUUCAACCCUCCUCGAAAGGUGGAUUGAAAUUGCUGGAUACGGACCCGGGUUUGGCCCGGCAUUUUUGCGUUUACACUAGCCGUUAAUCCACCUUGCCGGAUUUGAUCCGGGUCUGAUCCGGCUUUUGGGAUCUAGUGUAAACGGGGUCUUAGCCACACUGGUCAAUAAAGGAGUUAGCCACACUCGUUAAUAGCAGAGUUAGCCACACUGGUCAAUAAAGGAAUUCUAGCCACACUUGUAUGUGAAGGAGUUGGAUCUACAGUACUUUAUCCACAUAACUGCCUCUUAAUGUAUACAGUUGUUCUUUUCAUGGAAGUGUCCUGGUAGCUUGGUGUGGUGCACCAGCCUCCAGUCAUUGUGUUACCAGCAUGUGGUUGGGUUGCAUGCUUGGCUAUUGUGUUACCAGUGUGUGGUUGGGUUUGCAUGCUUGGCUAUGGUGGGGCCAUUCAUAAUAGUCAAUUCAUAAUAGUCAAUAGUCACCCACAAUUUCGAAAAAAGAUCAAAACUUUUUAACAUUGAAUGGCCCCUUGCUUGAAUAUUUUUGCCAUUGAAUGCUCCAGAUUGCAACUCUUAUCCUUGUGAAACUUAGUUAUCCUUGUUGACUUUUUGUGCAAUCACUUGGUUUAAUUCACUUUCAGUUUUUAAUAGGCAAAAACUAGUUCGCAUUACCAAACAAGCCAGUAGGAUUAUUGGUUCAGAUAAUGACGGUCUUCAGGAAUUAGUUAAGAAUAGACUUAUGAGUAAGUUCCACUGUAUUUUGUCUGACAACACACAUCCCCUUUACCCACUGAUUGUUCACAACAAAUCUGGUAGGAUCCGUCAACUAAGCCUUAAGACUAACAGGUUCAAGAACUCAUUUUUACCUAUUGCUAUAAAUAAUUUUAACUGUGAUUUUAUUAGAUAACUGCAAUGCAUCCAGCCCUAUGUACUGUCUUAAUUGUUUAUUAUUGUUUUAUUUGAUUUUCUGGCAUCUCCUGUGCAAUUUGGCCUCUUUUAAUUUGGGGAGGGGGUCCACUACCCAAUCAUGCUUUAGCGUUUGACUGUUUGUUUGUUUGUUUGUUUGUUUGUUUGGUUUUUUUUUUUUUUUUUUUUUAUAUAAACUUUCAU